AUGAAGACGCUGACUCCGCUCUUGUUGCUGAUUGCUUUCCUCUGCGUCGUCGUCCAUCCCUCGGCGGCCAUUCACGAGGAUGAGCAGGGGCUUAGGGACUGGGUCCUGCGCCUCGUCGGGCGCGUGGACCAGGCGUCCUACCAGCCCGGGCUGGAGCCGAACCAGGUGUACGUAACCUCCAGCCUGGGGGCCGUCGCGGCCCUCUCGCUCGGCGACGGAGGCCUGCAGUGGCGGAGACUGUUCUCCGAGCCGCAGGUGUGCGUCACGGCGGGCAGGGGUGGCGUCUUGGUCUCCUCCCGCGCGGGCACGAUGUAUCUCCUGAGCGCCGCAACCGGGGAGAUUGAGACCACGUUCAAGCUCUCCCUGCCGGCUGCCGCCAGCGUGGAAUCCUGCGCCAUUGUGGGGGGAAAUGUGCGGGUGGCUGCCAUGGACACGGCCACCGCCUACCUGUUUCAGUUUCGGCUGGCGACGGAGGAUGAGAUGUUCGGGCCCGGCAGUAACUUUUCUAUUGGGGCCGACGUGCAGGGGCUCCGCCUCAGCGGGAACCACGUGUGGGCACUCCGACCGGCGAGCGCCACCCGCUACUCGCUUACUGGGGACGUCGAGGCGACGGACGUGGAGGGCGGCGCGUACGGCGGCGGCAGCGCGGCCUCCGGGGAUGCGGUUCUACUCUCCGCCACAACGAUGACCGUCGUGCGGGACGCCGGAAAGACGGACGCCGUUGCCUGCGACAAGUGUGGCGCCGGUUUGCUGCUCGGUGCCAGAGGGAGCUUUGAGGGCAGCGUGAGAACAACGGCCGACAAACUCGGUUUCACGGUCUCCUUCCCGGGCUCGAGCGUCCGUGUUGCGUACAACUCCACCACAGCGCUUGCCCCAGCUGUCCUCCUCGCCGUGCAGGAUGCAGUGGGCGGCGCAACGGCAAUUCUUCGUACGGCCAACGGGCACCUUCUUGCGGUGUCCGAGAAAGCCGGGAAGCUGCUGUGGGAGCGACCAGAGGGGCUGGCGCACCUCGCCGCCACGCUCAUCGCCGACAACCCAGAGAAGGAGGACCACUUUUCCUUUAACAAGAUGGCCUUGGCGGUCUCUACCUAUGGCGUGAUAUAUGUCAUCCCGGUGGCGGAGAUGGGGCACAACAUCCGCGUGCUAGCGGAUAUUUCCGGCGUUCUGGUGGGGAGCACGGCAGCGCCUUCCAUGGAUGCUGUAAGGAUUGAGCAAAUGGUUCUUGCAGGGCCAAACGUUCUCGGCGUCGUCGCCGCCUCUCCAGUAAGACGCGUGGGUCUCGCCGUUGACAUCACCACCGGGUCUGUGACGGAGGUCAAGGUACACGAGAAUUCCCUGGUUGUCGCGCCAACGUUUGAGGUCACGCGGUCGUUGGAGCUGCACGGCAGCGUGCCCUCGGACAACGUGUACCUCUUCACAUCCAACCUCACCAGUGGCCUCAUCGAGGGGUAUGUGGUUUCCGCGACCUCCAAGGUGCUCCCACUCUGGACCGUGCGCAUGCCGUACCCGUUGGUUGCCUACGCCACGGGGGAGGAUGUGCUCCGCACGACGACGGUGAAUCAGCUACGCGUGUUUCCAAACAAGACUAGCAAGACGGAUGAGGUUCACCGGAAGUAUCCCACACGCAACGUCAUCGCGGUUGCCCACUACGAACCCUCAGAGGAGGAGUUGACGACGCUCGUCGUCACCGCCAUUGAUUCCGUCACCGGAAGUGUGCUGGCGACUGUGCGUCACCGCAACGUGGAGGGCCCUGUGCACCUGGUUCUAGUAGAGCACGCCGUCCUGUACUACUACAUGGACAUGGAGAAGGUUCGACACUGUCUCGGCGUGUGGGAAAUGUUUGAGGAGGAGCCUGGCCAAGCCCUUCGCAAGGAUGCUGGCGCCACCAUACCGCAGGUCAUUGCCUCCUUUUUCCGCUUCAAACGGACCUUCAGUUCACGUGCCACGCGCCCACCCGCGGUGACGGUUGCCGUCCUCGGCGUGUACGGCGGAAACCUUGCCACGAUGGGUGUCACGACAUCCUUCCACGGCAUUGCCCGCAAAAGCAUUGUUCUCGCCUUUGACUCUGGCCGUGUCGCCACGGUGGAGCUGAAUAAGCUGCUGGCGGGCGGGCAGGUUCCUCUUGAUGACCAGGGCAAUCAAGCCACGCACGUCAUCAUCCCGAGCACUGCCUUGGCGUCGCACAAGUACCGGGUGGCGAAGCCGAAACUGAUUGCCACCGCACCCACCAAUCUGGAGAGCUCCUGCCACGUGUUGGUGUCCGGGCUGGACAUCUUCUACGUGCGCGCCUCCUCGGGGAAGGCGUUCGACCUCCUCAAUAGCGACUUCAACAAAAACCUCCUAAUAACGCUGACGUGCGGCUUUGGCGUUCUCACCUGUGUGGCACGCUACCUCGUCCGGCGGAAGGCCCUCAAUCUCCUUUGGAAGUAG